GGUAUACAAUAUACUAAAUUUAUUGUAUUUAAUUUCCAACAAGAGUGACUGUUUCCACAAAAGAAAUAUUAUUGAGCUGUAUCUUACAACCCAGCAGAGCCAUGCCAUCCUAUUUCACGAGGCAGAAGACCAGAAAAACUUUCUCAUGGGUUGGCAUGCCAUUUCUGGAUCGAAAGCAACAAUACCAAAUCUACAAAGAAAUAUGCAUGAAAACCAAUGAUUUUCCCACUGAGAUUUACAUCAAGGUUGGACAGUUUGUAUUGAUUAAAGGGGAUUCCAAUGAAAAGCCUUAUGUUGCUAAACUGAUUGAAUUAUUUGAAAAUGGAUCAGAAGUUCUACCAAGGAAAUGUGCCCGAGUACAGUGGUUUAUCCGAUUCUCUGAGAUCCCAGUCAUUAAAAGGCAUUUGUUAGGCCAUAAGCCUGCUGCACAGGAGAUAUUCUGGUAUGACUGUUCUGAUUGUGAUAACAAAAUUUAUGUGGAAUCCAUCAUUCGCCCUGUUCAGGUAGUGGCUUUAGGCCCAGAUGAAGUGAUCCCUAUGCAUCAGAAAAGUGAGGAGACAUUGUUUGUGAAGCUAUCUUGGAAUAAAAAGACGUUCAGACCGCUGGCACCAGAAGUACUUGCAGCAUUGAGGAAACCAGUAGAUACCCCCAAGUGCCAGAAACCUUUAAAAGCUGAGAUUAAGAGUGUAAAAAGCCGUCCUUGCAACACAACCGAACAAGUGGUCAAAAGGAUUGAAUCAAGUCACUCCACCUCCAAAUCUCACCAGACUCUUGUUCAUCCUGUCACCCCCAAAGCAAGGAAAACACUGGAACUUGGUGGCUUAAGCUUUUCUGGGAAGCCUAACAUGAGGCUGUCACAGAAGAUCUUACGUGACUCCUCGGAUCCCCAAAAACCAUCUAAAAGGAAAGCAGCCUUCUCUGAGAUCACCUCACCACCUAAAAGGUUUCAGCCUGGUGAAGUCAAGACCUCUUCGGCUUUGAAAACUCUGGGGGAAAAUGGACAGGAUCAACUCUCUUGUGCCAAAGGCCCAUCCAUUAUGACCAUGAAGCUCAGUGAUGGGCUACUUAGACCUAUCAGGAGCAAGUUGAAAUCGUCAGUGGUGCCUUGUGUGGUUCUGACACCAGAACACAUUGGGAGGGAGGCAAAAGGACAAGAAGCUCACAAAGAACCCGCCUGUGCUUCCCAUCACGUGCCUAGGAGGAGUUCUCUCUUGACUUUGAAUCGCAUUAAGCAACAGCUUUGUUUCCUAGAUGGUGAUAAAAGUGACCAAGAAGAGGAAGAGUCCGUGUCCUCCUCAUCUGAGGUGUCAGACUGCACUAGUGAGGAGGAAGAUGAUUUUAUUCCCUCUCUUCCAAAGAGAAAUCCCCAGCGGCCAUCCAGGAACUGGGGAAUGGCCUCUAAGCCAUCAUCGGCGACCCCCUCCAAGACAGCGAAGAAAACUGUAAGAAAUCAUCAUCAUGCCACUCCUCAGAUCCGAGACAGAAACCUCGCUGUCCAGGAACCAGCUAAUGUGCUUGAAGAGGCCCGGCUGAGGCUGCAUGUUUCUGCUGUGCCUGACUCUCUUCCCUGUCGAGAGCAGGAAUUCCAAGACAUCUACAGCUUUGUGGAAAGUAAACUUCUUGAUGGGACUGGAGGGUGUAUGUACGUUUCUGGGGUCCCUGGGACAGGGAAGACAGCCACUGUGCAUGAAGUCAUACGCUGUCUGCAGCAGGCAGCGCAAACAAAUGAUGUUCCUCCCUUUCAAUACAUUGAGGUCAAUGGCAUGAAGCUGACAGAGCCCCACCAAGUCUAUGUGCAGAUUUUACAGAAACUGACGGGCCAGAAGGCAACAGCUAGUCAUGCAGCAGAACUGCUGGCAAAGCAAUUCUGCAGCCGAGGGUCCCAGCAGGAAACCACUGUGCUGCUCGUGGAUGAGCUUGACCUUCUUUGGACUCAUAAGCAAGAUGUAAUGUACAACCUCUUUGAUUGGCCUACUCACAAGGGAGCCCGGUUGGUAGUCCUGACCAUUGCCAACACCAUGGACCUGCCGGAGAGAAUCAUGAUGAGCCGUGUGUCUAGCCGACUGGGCCUCACCAGGAUGUCUUUCCAGCCCUAUUCUCACAGCCAACUGAAACAGAUCUUAGUGUCCCGACUCAAGCAUUUGAAGGCCUUUGAGGAUGAUGCCAUCCAGCUGGUAGCUAGGAAGGUAGCAGCCCUCUCUGGAGAUGCCCGCCGCUGCCUGGACAUCUGUAGGCGUGCCACAGAGAUCUGUGAGCUUUCCAGUCAGCCUGGUGACUCUUUGGGCCUGGUGACUGUGGGCCACUUAAUGGAAGCUAUAAAUGAAAUGUUCUCCUCAUCCUACAUCCCAGCUAUCAAAAACUGUUCCGUCCUGGAACAGGGCUUCCUGAGAGCCAUUAUCGCAGAAUUCCGCCGAUCAGGACUAGAGGAAGCAACAUUUCAACAGAUAUACAGUCAGCACGUGGCUCUGUGCAGGAUGGAGGGACUGCCUUACCCUACCAUGUCAGAGACCAUGGCUGUGUGCUCACGUCUGGGUUCUUGCCGGCUCCUCCUGGUGGAGCCCAGCAGGAAUGACUUGUUCCUUCGAGUGAGACUCAAUGUCAGCCAGGAUGACGUGCUGUAUGCUCUCAAAUUAGAGUGA